CAUGAUCGAUUUGUGGUGGCUUACACAACGAAUACAUUGAUAAUUGCCGAUAUGACCACGGGUUGUUGCAGCGAAAUUGAAUGGCAAAGUGUUGGUAAUGAAAGAUUCUAUUUUGAUAACGAACAUGUUUGCAUGAUAAUAAAUGCUGGAGAGGUAAAUUUGGUAGAAUAUGGAAGUAAUGAAAUAAUUGGAUGGGUUCGAACGGAGCUCACAUCACCACAUCUCAUCUCAGUACGACUUACCGAACAGAAAAUGAAAAAUGCUGGUGCCAUAAAACGUGUUGCCUAUCUUCUCGACCUGAAUACUAUUUCAGUGGUUGAUUUGAUUACUCAGCGACAGAUUGCACAAUUUUCGCAUCCGAUAUACAUCGACUGGCUUGAGCUUAGUGAAAUGGCAACAAAAUUAUUAUUUCGCGACAAGAGAUCUCGGUUAUUGUUAGCUGAUCUAAAAACUGAUCGAAAAAUAUCAUUGUUGGAUUACUGUAGUUAUGUUCAGUGGGUUCCCAAUAGUGAUGUCAUUGUGGCUCAAUCGGGUGACCAGCUUUGUAUUUGGUAUCAAGCUGAAAAUCCAGAUGAAGUGGUAAUGGUACCUAUAAAAGGUGAAGUUGAAAUUGUUCUCCGUGAUGAGUCUAGAACUGAAGUUAUUGUUGAGGAAGCAAACGAAAAAGUUGCUUAUGAACUUGACCAAACACUCAUUGAAUUUGCUUCUGCUAUCGAUCGGCUCGAUUUUGGUCGAGCGAUUGAUUUUUUGGAAAAACGAGAAGAAUAUGAUACAACGAUACUAUGGCGUCAGCUUUCCCAGGUUGCACUGUCACAACAACAACUACUGAUAGCACAGCGAUGUUUCGCAGCUUUAGGUGACAUAGCACGAGUGCAAAUGCUCGUCGAAACGAUUCGAAUUGCUGAUGAAGUCACCAGAAGUACCGGUGAGGACGGGAAAAGUAACUACAAAGUUCGAGCGCGAUCAGCACUUAUGAAUAAGGAUUUUAGAGAAGUUGAAAGAAUUUAUCUUGAACAGAAUGCGUUAAAUGAAGUUAUUGAAAUGUACCAACAAAUUGGAAAGUGGGAGGAAGCAUUUCAGUUGGCCCAAGUACAUAAUCAUCCAAACUUGGAAACUGUUAAAGCUCAAUACUAUCGUUAUCUGUCCGAUACAGGUCAAGAAGGAAAAGCUGCACAAAUAUCAGAGAGUGAUGGUGACUUACUUGUUGCAAUAGAAUUAUAUAUAAAAGCAGGCUUGGUCGUUCAAGCAUCUCGUAUACUUUUGCAAAAUCCAAAACUCUUCUUCAAAGAUGACUUGGUACAAAACGUCGCCACCGCACUAAUACGAUCUGAUCUGUUCGAAAAAGCUGGUGAAUUAUUCGAGGCAACAAAAGACUUUGAACAAGCUCUAGAAAACUACCGAAAGGGAAAAGGUUAUGCGAAAGCGAUCCAGUUAGCACGCGUGCAUUUUCCGGAACGCGUUGUUUUGUUGGAAGAAGAAUGGGGUGAUAGUUUGAUUACGGAUGCAAAUUACGAUGCAGCUAUAAAUCACUUUCUUGAAAGUGGGCAAACAGUAAAAGCACUUGAAGCAUCAAUCAAAGCAAAACAAUGGGGUAAAGCUGCACAAAUUGUUGACGUACUUGAGGACAACGAUCUAGCAAAGCGAUACUACUGUAAAAUCGCUGAUCAUCAUGCAAGCAUUGGUGAUCUUGAGCGAGCAGAAAUGUUGUAUGUUGAAGCGAGAAUGCAUCGUGAAGCAAUCGAGAUGUAUAAUAAAGCUGCGCGAUGGGCUGACUCGUAUCGACUGGCUACAGAAUUUAUGAGAGAUGAGAGCGACCGAAUGUAUGGAGAAUUGGCACAAACAAUGGAAGACAACGGUCGUUUAAAAGAUGCGGAACAGGCAUUGAUUUAA